AUGGUGCGCAGUGAGCGCGUGCAGAUGCCGCCCUACCCAGGCAGAGUGCCCGCCUGUGACGUGUGGCCCGCACCGGCAGCACUUCCCUGCGGAAGCAGCAGCGCAUCUGGCGUGCAGCCAGUUCUGCGGGGCUCGUGCUGUGUGGAGCAGCUGCUCCUAACUGACCCAUCAGCGAAAGCGCCGCUGUUCGAUUCCCACUGCGGCCUCCUACAUAGUGAUGAGCACGUAAAAGAGGAGGAGGAAGAGGAGGAGGAGGAAGAGGAGGAAGAGGAAGAGGAGGAAGAGGAAGAGGAGGAAGAGGAGGAAGAGGAAGAGGAGGAAGAGGAGGAAGAGGAAGAGGAGGAAGAGGAAGAGGAGGAAGAGGAGGAAGAGGAGGAAGAGGAAGAGGAGGAAGAGGAGGAGGAAGAGGAGGAAGAGGAGGAAGAGGAGGAAGAGGAGGAAGAGGAGGAAGAGGAGGAAGAGGAGGAAGAGGAGGAAGAGGAGGAAGAGGAGGAAGAGGAGGAAGAGGAGGAAGAGGAGGAAGAGGAGGAAGAGGAGGAAGAGGAAGAGGAGGAAGAGGAGGAAGAGGGAGGAAGAGGAGGAAGAGGGAGGAAGAGGAAGAGGAGGAAGAGGAAGAGGAGGAAGAGGAAGAGGAGGAAGAGGAAGAGGAGGAAGAGGAAGAGGAGGAAGAGGAAGAGGAGGAAGAGGAAGAGGAGGAAGAGGAAGAGGAGGAAGAGGAAGAGGAGGAAGAGGAAGAGGAGGAAGAGGAAGAGCAGGAGGAGGAAGAGGAGGAAGAGGAAGAGCAGGAGGAGGAAGAGGAAGAGGAAGAGGAGGAAGAGGAAGAAGAGAUGGAUUGUUUGGUGCCUCAGUAACCCAUCUUUUAUCACGCAUUACGAGAUUCUUGUUGCUCCAUACCCCAUAGAAGCACAUGGUGGGGGACGGACUAGUGCGUUACUGACUGGGGGCUGCCCAGCUUCAGGCAAGGACAAGAAGGCAAGGAGAAGAAGGCAAGGAGAAGAAGGCAAGGAGAAGAAGGCAAGGAGAAGAAGGCAAGGAGAAGAAGGCAAGGAGAAGAAGGCAAGGAGAAGAAGGCAAGGAGAAGAAGGCAAGGAGAAGAAGGCAAGGAGAAGAAGGCAAGGAGAAGAAGGCAAGGAGAAGAAGGCAAGGAGAAGAAGGCAAGGAGAAGAAGGCAAGGAGAAGAAGGCAAGGAGAAGAAGGCAAGGAGAAGAAGGCAAGGAGAAGAAGGCAAGGAGAAGAAGGCAAGGAGAAGAAGGCAAGGAGAAGAAGGCAAUGAGAAGGCAAGGAGAAGAAGGCAAGGAGAAGAAGGCAAGGAGAAGAAGGCAAGGAGAAGAAGGCAAGGAGAAGAAGGCAAGGAGAAGAAGGCAAGGAGAAGAAGGCAAGGAGAAGAAGGCAAGGAGAAGAAGGCAAGGAGAAGAAGGCAAGGAGAAGAAGACAGGACUCGAUCCUGAUACAACAGCACUAAAAAGGAACUAG